UCGCCACCGAAAACCGGCGUUAAAUAUUCUAGUAACCUUGGUUACCAAUCCAAAGUACAUUGUAACAAGAAUUACCUAAACGGCACUCCACUUUGAAUCAUUCUUUUUUCAUGCAAUUCACCUCAAAAUGGCUACACAACAACUAAGUUAGUCAGGUCAUGUAAAGAGGGUACGGGCUGUACCCAAAAACGAAAAAAAAAAAAAAUGCAGAAACGGUAAAUUACACGUAUCCGGGCAACCAAAGUCAUAGAGAACGAUUUAAGGUUGUUCAUCACYAUCUGACAAAAGUCAUAUCUACUGAGGGCACUGAACUGCGCAAUAUAACUCYUUAGCAAUUCAAAUUAGCUCUUUAAAAUCAUUUUACCUUGACUGUAUUAUGCGCAUUGUUUCAUAUUUGAAUACAUAUAUAAUUCCAGUGGCUGCUCAGUUCAAAGUGAUAUGUAAGGUUAUCAUUUUAGCCGCUUAGUAGCGGGAAGAAAAUAUGACAUACGUUGGAAAUUACAUUUGUAUCUCCAUUGAAGUUUUUUGCUUCUUUGGUACUAUCAUUCUAAAUGCAGUAAUCUAUGAAAUGAUGUACCUUCGUCGCAGAGGCAUUCAGCCAUUGAAAAGRGGUUUCUUCUGUAAUGACGAGACGAUCAUGAAACCUUACAUGGCCGAAGAUCUUUCCUUUUCGGGAACACUUACCUCUGGGAUUUUACUCUCUAUAGCUGCGAUCACUAUCCUUGAAAUAGGAAAUCAUCUAUCGGAAUCAAAAGAAACCAAAGAUACAGAUUCUAAAGAUGGCAAAUAUGUUGGUUCUGUUCAUAUUCCUGUCUACUUUAUAAGGAUGAUCCAUCGUAUGGCUAUCUUUGGUGUUGGGAUGAUGAUGGUGAUGUUACUAUGUAAUUGCAUAGCAAUCCUYAGUGGACGACUAAGACCCCAUUUCCUUGCUGUGUGUAAACCUAAUAACACGCUGUAUAACUGUAGUGAUGGUUAUAUCACCGCUGAUGUAUGCACAGGGGAUCCACUUCAAGUCAAAAUUGCAAGAUUCUCUUUUCCAUCUGGACACACAGCGAUUUCAACUUAURCAAUGGUUUUCAUAUCAAUUUACUUACAAGCCAGUUUUUGUUUGCGAAUAUACAAACUGUUUCGCAUGGUUCUACAAACCUUCCUCAUUCUACUUGGGUUUGCGGUUGGUUUGUCUCGUUUACGCGAUUAUCGCCAUCACUGGCUGGACGUCAUUGGCGCGGCUUUGAUUGGUGCAUUCGCUGCAUGGCUUGUGACUGUUUAUAUUAUUCGUAUUUUCGACAAAAAAGAGAGACAAGACCCUAAAGACUAUCGACUACUUCAACCUGACAGUCAAGUGGAUGAGUUCCAGCAGGAACCAGCCAAGAUUAAAGAAUAAUUAAAAAGGGAAAUAUGAUUUCAUUUUUUUACGUUGGCGACAUUGUCAGACAUUGGCAUAAAUAGCSUCUGGGAGGCACUCAAUCUCCAAGGGGUUGAGUUAGUACGUGGAUGUGUAGAGAUGCAACUGAAAAUACUUUUAGCAUCAUGAUAUAACCAGAGCGGAUUUCGUAUGAGUGGGAAACGGACGGUACUGUACGGUGACCGUAAUCGUACUGUAACCAAUUUCUAGUGCCCCAUUGGCGUCACAAAAGUUGUGCAGGCCAAGUCCGGUAACUGUGCGGUAACCGUGCGGUAACGGUGUCCCACUCAUACGAAAUCCGCUCUAAAGCUCCCUGACACUACACUGAAGUUAUCGGACGGGAGUUUGAGUUUAUAAAUAAAUAUAGAAAAACUACCUAUGUAUCAGAUGAUUUGAUSUUGAAAAGUGCAAAGCACAGCAUGCAUCAUGAGCACACAGGCAUGUAGUAGUUACAUUGUCAAACUCUGACUAAGUCAAAUAUUUUUUAUGAAAACUUUUGAAUGUACAAAUUGAAGAAUUAAACUGWAAUCAUGUCUGUG